AUGAAUGUACGAUGGUUCUGUUCGACUACUCUGAAUUUGAUCAAGAAGAACAAGCUGCCUCCAAGACCAAAGUUCACCAAUGAAAUGGAAAUACAAUGCGAGGAGAAGUUCCUACAUGGUGGACGAGGACCUGGAGGUCAAAAGAUCAACAAAUGUAACUCUAAAGUGCAAUUGAAACAUCUUGAGACUGGAAUUGUCGUCACUUGUCAAGAAACCAGAUCAAGAGAGAAUAACAGAAAGAUCGCCAGGGAGAAGAUGGCUCUUGAAAUUGCGCGAUUCCACAAUGGCGACGCACGAUUGGACUCGAGAACUGAAGCUUUACAGAAAUGGGUUGUUCAAGGAAAGAAGGCUAAGAGUAAGAAGAGCAGGUUGAAGCAUGACAAACACGACGCUGAACGGCAAGAGAGGCAAGAAGAGGCUCUUAAAAGAGAUGCGGAGAUUUUAAACUCCAUUUAG